CAAGCACAUGCUAGAGUCAUGUCUGAUUUCAAAAUAAUUUAAUGUCCAUUACGCAUGUAGGGAUGAUCUCGGUUUUCUUCACUAAAAAGUCCACCAAAACUUAACACUCCCUAACAUUUAGUUCAUAUCUGUUAGUUAAGAUAGGAAGUUGGGUGGAAACACGUGUUUUGCUGUUCGCUUCCCCGUUUUCUGUCAGUGUCAGUCAGACUCUGGAGGUCUCAGUCGACUGUGUAUUUGGGCCCGCGUGAAGGAAGGAAAACGGCGUCAACGUCAGUGACCUGUAGAUUUACAUCGACAAGCCAACGAGCAAUGAGUCCAUGGAGGAUCCUGCUAUUCUGUGCCGUGUGUAUUCACGAAGUGUGCGGUAUAGAGGAACGCAUUACUGGUUACCUCGGCCAAUCAGUCGUCUUGAAAACUGGUGCAGACACGUCGUGGAACCUCACCAAAAUUCAGUGGUCCAUUUAUACCAACACAACAUACAUUGCAAGUCUAAAGGAUGGCGAUGUGACUUUAUAUCCUUUUUGGACACAUAAGGGUCGCGUCAAGCUCGACACCAAAACUGGGGAUUUAACAAUAGAAAAUGUGACUAUGCAAGACGGCAUGGUGUACACUGUGACGCUGGUGUCCUCCAAUGGUUCUCGGAUCAACACUGAAGUUCAUCUCACAGUCCGAGAACGACUCAAGGAACCGAAGAUCCAGAAAAUGCUUGAUUCCCUCAAAGACGGCCAAUGCCACGUGGUCCUUAAUUGCACUGCGUUUCACCAAAAUGUGAAUCUGUCCUGGACUCCCGACGGAGAGUUCGACGGAUUGUUUAUUUCUGGAAACGCUGUCGACUCUUCGUUGGUUCUUUUAACGUCAUUCAGCAACCGAAGCAUGACGUUCAACUGCACCGCCUCCAAUGGUCAACAGACGGAGACCAAACAAAUCACAGUGGGAUGUUCAGAAGAGAAGCGUGAAGUCUGCAGCGCUGCCCAUUCGUGCGGUUCGUGUACUCCGUCUGUGAUAGGGGCUAUUGUGAUUACAAUUUUGCUAAUUUUGAUUGUAGCAUGUGCAGUUAUAAAUAGAGAAAGAAUUAAAGGUGUCUUCACAGCAAUACUCCGUUGCUCCAGGAAUCUAAUAACACAGAUAUUGCAGAAGUAAUGGACUCAGCGGUUUACAGCAAUACUUAUGCGAAAGUGGUACCAGUCCUGACUCUGAGGAAAAUAUGAGACCCUACAUAUUACAUUCAAGAUGGAGGACAAAAACACUUCUUUUGCAUAAGAUUCAGCUGAACUGUGACCAGCAUGCUUGCUUAUUAAAAGAAAGGAAGUGAUUUGACAUUGUGUGCCACCAGAAAAUAGAUAUACGAGACGGGAGCAACAUGAGGCAGGAACUUCUGUUUUAAGCAAAUGAUGAACCGAAGCCAUGACUGUAGUUUUGACCCCUGGAUUCUGUGUGAAUGAUGACUCCUGUACUUCAAACAACCUUAUUACCUGCAAUUAGGAUGAAAUUAUUAUUAUGUCUUAAAAAUACAUUUGGCACACAUAUCUGAAGGCUUAUGCUUGUUCAGUUACAAUGGAUGCAACGCUUCUGGACUGGAACUGAUUUCCUUUCAAACUUUACUUGAUUAAAACCAUGGCAGCUUUUUUAGAUAAUAAAUAGAAACAUUUCACAAGCAUUAAAAAAAGAUCUAUGUACACCAGAAUGAAUUGCAUGAAUUGCAACAGUGAUUGUUAGCGCACAGUCAACCCCCUUCCGCGUUCUCAGGGACUUUUAUUUUGAAGUAUAUUUUCUGUGUUUAGUUCCUGUUUUACUUUGUUUCCAUAGUUGGUUAGUGAUUCAUUACAAACACAUGUUGUUUGUUAGCCUCUUGUUAUCCUGUGUAUUAAUGCCAGUGUUUCCAUUGUUCAGUGUCUGAUGUUUUCCUGGAUUGCGUAUGAGUGUGUAGUUUUCAGUUCUGUUUUGUCGGAUGUCUGUAUUUAUUCUGGUUUUGCUUGAUAAUAAAUGUUUUUGAUAUA